AUGCUACUAAAUCAAUGUCUUAAAACUCAAGCUAAUUUUUCACUUAAAAGAAAUUGGUCUUUGAGCACCCUUCUAAUUAGAGGUUUCUCAAAUUCUCAGGUGCCCUAAUAGAUCGGCUCAUUUGAGCAGCACUUUUAAAUUCCACCGAGAUACUUCCUAGUUACCUAUAAAUUGAACGACAAUUUCCAAGAUGAAUCGGAUCAAUAUAGAGAGGAGCACACUAGCAGAGUGAAGAAACUAAUAGAAGGAUAGAGAAUAGUAUUCAGAGGGGAUGUAAGGAAUAAGGAGAAUAAUGGGCAUUCUGAGAUAUUCUUUGUCUACCAAGCCAAGGAUGAAAGAGAUCCACACUCAUUCAUUAUGGGAGAUUAAUACUAUCAAAAUGGAUUGGUAAAGAACUGGGAAAUAAAAGAAUUAGACUUGAUUCAUGCAGAAAGAGACGACGAGAUUAUGAUUAGCUCUAAAUACAGAUGA